CGUGAAAUUCUCAAUAAAAUAUUUUAUACCACUUAUCUGCACUCUUUUUCAGAAAGCUGGCAUAUUGGAAUCAAAAGUAGAACUACAAAACCGUUGAAGGCCUAGCUGUUGAACUCCGGUGGAGAAACGAAUACCGAAGCAUCCAGGUGGAGGAGCCAGACCAGGUGUACCUGCUAAUGAAGGAGGAAUACCGUAUCUCACGCAACGUACGUCUUGCCUGGUUCCUGGGCAAGCUCAAUCGGGUCAUCUGGCCGGUCCCAAAGUCUGAACUGUGUCUCAGCACAAGCUGUUCAAUGAGCACCUGGUGUCAGCUCGUGGGAACCCUGCAUUAGUGAUGAGGAGGAAGAAGCACGCAGUGAAGGAGGUGCACGCCCACCUGGUCAGUGUGGUGUCGGUCAGACUGAGAGAGGGAUACACCAUCAGGGAGAUCAACCUUACCAAAGGUUCUCUCCCUACAGCACAGUUGCUCUAAAGACCCCUUCCUUGUCCCAGUUUGCCUCAUACUGGAAGCCCAUCCUGUACAUGGAUGCAAACUUCUGGCAGAGAUGGCUUCACAUGCACCACAUCACCAUCAUCCUGGAGCACGACAUAUGUCCAGAUGUUGAUGUCAUCUGGGCUGGACACAGAGCCCCAGGGUAAUGGAGAGGAGGGUAAUGUAGAGGAUGAUGACACCCUGAUUAUCAGCAACAAAUCACAGGCCGAUUCUCACUCUGUCUCCACCAAUGGGCUGGAUGGUGGGUUGACUGGCGAGCUGAUGUCCCCUGUGGUGGUGGUCCUGUGGGACCCCGGUCGCGCCUGCUCUCCCCUGGAUCUGGGAGCUCCACGGUGGAGCAUGAUAACUGGGAGAGCCGGCCCUCUGAGCCAGAAAAUGGCACCAAAGGUGUGGAUGAGAGGGAUGGGGUGCAGUUUGCUGAGCCCCAGAAGGGAGACUUCCACAUCACGUUCAGUAGCCAGGUGUCCCAGUAGAGCUCAUGGGACCUGUCCCAUCCGUGCUGCCCUGUAUAUGUCUAUAACGGUUCCCUGGGCUCUCUGAAGGACCAGCUAGUCCAUCCCCACUUCAACAGGCAGCCAAGGGACAUCUUCAGACCUCAAGACGCUGAUUCCUAGGAGAUGCAUCAGCAGAUGAAGUUCAGGACUCUGAUGGGGAAGAGAAGAGACAACCUAGUGAAGAGGUUGUGUCAGAGGCUGAGCCUGCUACAGAGGACGGUACACGUCAGAGUGUGUCUCUGAACCACUCUCCAGGUCAGCCCUCUUCCUACCGCUCUGAUGAGGAUGUGAUGGGCGACCUGGACAGAGUAGUAGAGGUCGACGGGGUUGGAGGAGACUCUUUGUCCAAACUCUAAAUUCCCCACAAACUAGCCGUGUUAGCCACAAUGGAGGAGAUCCGUAGGCUCCUGGAGGAUGAGAUUGUGUCAGCUCUGCGUCACUCCCGGGUCAUCAGCUUGUCCACGCUACAGAAGGUGGCGGGUCACGUGCUUCGCUCAGGCGGGCGACCACGCUGCCACUGUGAGGUCGUUCCUCUGCAGUUUGUCUUCGGCCCUGAGCAGUCCCUGGAAAAGUUCAAAGAGGAGUUCCGUAGGAUGUCAGCAGGACAACUUCCACUACAUUUCUCGGAGUAGACUCCACCCACAGAGGAUCCAGGCUUCUAAGAGGCUGUCUGAGAGCGCUGUUAACAAUGAGGGGGUGGGACAGGCCACCCAACCCAAGAAUCACGGUGCUGAUGUGGAUGACAGUGCCAGGGCUCCGUCCAAUCAUGGGGGGGUUUCAACCUGACCAACUAGUUUAUUUCCAUACAUCCUCUUUGAUGAUCCUUUGAGUCGAAAUAAGGUGCAGGGAGAAGAGAAGAAGCCUGCUGUUGGGGAUGUUAGUGAUUCAGUUUUUCAUUUUUUUUUAUAUACCAAGUGCAACAAGGAGGCUUUUUGCAACGCUGUGAAAUGACAGAACCCAUUCACAUGGACCUGAGCCCUAGGGCCAUGACUCAGGACUACCUGACAUGAUGACUCCUUGCUGUCCCCAGUCCACCUGGCCGUGCUGCUGCUCCAGUUUCAACUGUUCUGCCUUAUUAUUACUGGACCAUGCUGGUCAUUUAUGAACGUUUGAACAUCUUGGCCAUUUUCUGUUAUAAUCUCCACCCGACACAGCCAGAAGAGGACUGGCCACCCCUCAUAGCCUGGUUCCUCUCUAGGUUUCUUCCUAGGUUUUGGCCUUUCUAGGGAGUUUUUCCUAGCCACUGUGCUUCUACACCUGCAUUGCUUGCUGUUUGGGGUUUCAGGCUGGGUUUCUGUACAGCACUUUGAGAUAUCAGCUGAUGUACGAAGGACUAUAUAAAUAAAUGUGAUUUGAUUUGAUUUUGAUCUGCAGAGAAGAAUGGGAUAAACUCUCCAAAUACAGGUGUUGCCAGCUUGUAGCAUCAUACCCAAGAAGACUUGAGGCUGUAAUCGCUGCCAAAGGUGCUUCAACAAAGUACUGAGUAAAGGGUCUGAACACUUAAGCAGCAGCACUCCGCUCAGAGCUGACAGACAGAAUAUUACAUGAGAUGACCCCCCCCCACAAACACACUCUUCUCUGUAGAGUCCAUGUUCCAACAUUGAGGUAGUGGCAAGCUGAGGCCCAGCAGAGUACAGAGUGUGGUCUCCAGUCAAGGCAGCCUGCACUCUGACAUACUGGGUUAAGAUGGUGGCAGCAGUGACUCUGAGUGUGAGGGCCCUACCAUCGACGAACAGGAGUCCCAGUCCCCCCUGGUGCCUGACUUCUGGCUCAUCGUUAAGAUCCACCAGGACAAAGCAGAGGUGUACUCCCACUCCAGGAGCUUCAACGAAGGGGGACGGAGUAGGGGAGGAGGAGGAGGUGCCAGAGUACUUACAGUUGCAUCAGAUGGUGGUGAGGAAGAUUGGGGAGAUCUUCCGUAUAGUCAAUCAGCGUCUGCUACUCCAGGACCUCAAUGACAGCCACGUGUGUAACUUUCUUCUGGUGGCAGAGAGUGAAGAGGAUAUCUGGAAGAACGAGUCCCUGUACAGACAGAGACUGAACAACUCUGAUGAUUACAAUGCUGAGGAGAACUACCAGCCACGGGACUACCUUGCUGCUACCAUGCAGUUCUUCCCAGUUCACUUUGCCUGUGAGGUGCUGUGGAGCACCGUCAUCCACAUCCACCCUCGCCUCAAAGUGGGAACCAACGUAGGUGUGUUCAGGGCUAUCCAGGCUCUGCGGUCAGUGCUCAACGCCUUGUGUGUGGUCAACAGGAAGAGCAUGUUUGUCUAUCAGGAGCGCACUACCAAAUCAGUCUUCUACCUCAGACUUUGUGAGACAUCUCAAACAGGGAAGUACUGUGAAACUGGAUGGCAGCCUACAGCCCAUGUCUCGCCCGGAGCCAGGAGCCCCUCUUCUCUCAGGAGUUCACGGGCUCCCGGUCAUCUCUGGAAGGUGUCCGUCCAGUGGGACAGGUGGACAAACACAUCCUGUUGCUGGUGCAUGGAGUGGGAAGUGCUGGCUUCCAUGUCUUCUCCCUGGACCUCCUCAGUGUCCACCUCUUGGACAUCAGACUCUGAGGCCUCAUCUUCACUGUCACUUUCCAACCUUGUUGAGGAUGGCUCGUUGUCAGGCUCAAAAAGCCUCAAAUUUGCCUGGAUGGCCAACAAUUUUUCAACACUGGUAUUGGUCAGCCUGUUGCAUGCUUUGGUGUGUGUUCCCAAACAAGGACCAGUUGCGCUCUGAGGUGGCUGAUGUUGGUGGGAUUUGUAGGAUGGUAGAGGCAACAGGGGAAAUAGCCUCAGAUCCACAAAGUCCCUUCCACCAGGUGGCUGAUGGGAUACGUUGGCACGACUGCCAUAUUGCAUCCCCAUCCCAAAGCCCUUGCUUGGAAGUGUACUUCACCAGACUGCCAAGAACCUUGCCCUCAUCCAGACCAAGGUGGCGAGACACGGUAGUGAUGACACCAUAGGCCUUGUUGAACUCUGCACCAGACAGGAUGCUCUUGCCAGCAUACUUGGGGUCCAACAUGUACGCUGCAGCAUGUAUGGGCUUCAGGCAGACAUCUUCACGCUUUUUGAUGUAUUUCAGAACUGCAGUUUCUCUGCUUGGAGCAACAGUGGAAACAGUGAAGUCGGCAGGGCAGUGCAGAUUUCUUCUCUUACAUCAGCAAGCAGAGUCUGAACAUCAGACAGGAUGGCAUUGUCUCCCUCAAUCUGUGCAAUGUCUACUGCUAUAGGUUUCAGGAGUUUCAGGCUGCUUACCACUCUCUCCCAAAAUACAUCAUCCAGACUGUGAUAUGGCCAUUUCUGUAAGAGACUCCUUCCCCUCCAGGAGACUGUCAAACAUGAUGACAACACCACCCCAACAGGUGUUGCCGGGCAGCUUCAAUGUGGUGCUCUUAUUCUUCUCACUUUGCUAGAUGAGGUAGAUUGCUGCUAUAACUUGAUGACCCUUCAUAUACCUAACCAUUUCCUUGGCUCUCUUGUAGAGUGUAUCUAUUGUUGUCAGUGACAUGAUGUCAUUGCGGCGCAGAUUCAAUGCACGAGCAGCACAGCCAAUGGGUGUGAUGUGAGGGUAGGACUCCUCCUCUUUAGACCAAGCAGCCAUCAUGUUCGCAGCAUUGUCUGUCACCAGUGCAAAUACCUUCUGUGGUCCAAGGUCAUUGAUGACUGCCUUCAGCUCAUCUGCAAUGUAGAAACCGGUGUGUCUGUUGUCCCUUGUGUCUGUGCUCUUGUAGAAUACUGGUUGAGGGGUUGAGAUGAUGUAGUUAAUUAUUCCUUCCCCACUAACAUUCAACCACCCAUCAGAGAUUAUUGCAAUACAGUCUGCUUUCUCUAUGA